AUAUAUUUCGUCGGUGCAUCAUGUCCGAGUGUUGAACUCGCGUUCGGAGAGCAUGUUAUUCAACUCGUGCUAAGCGCUAAUACCUCAGCUGGGUAUCCUUGUAAAUUUGCUGAUGCACCUGUUGUACUUUAUACCAGUGACAGUGUAUAGUUAAAUUGGAUUGUGCAGUUAUAAUAGUUGUGGAAAGUGCAUGAUACCCCAAGUGCAGAGAGAACGUCGCGUGAACCCAGAGCCAACCCUGUUUUUGAUACCCAUGGGAAAAUGACAGGUCGUGCUAAAAAAUGAGACUCAGUGAAAAGACGGAUGCAUUUGCUCCAUAGUAAAUUAUGUGUAAGGAGUAAGUGGAAAUAACUGCACGGACUUUUUUUGGCGGAUUUCAUCUGUGUAGCUCAUCAGUUUGAAAGCUGACGAGUGAAAAUGCUUUGAGGAGGGGAUGCUGAAGCACGUGUCCUCUACAAAUUUGUCCCCGUACAAGGUACAAAAAUGCCUUUCCCGGGACACAGUCAGCCUGUCGAGCAGUUUGAGCUUCGGUAGUUCUGGUGCCCAAGAACCAUUAUCCAGUCGUUCCUCUAGCACAAGCAGUUUGCAUGACGUUAUUGCCCGGCCGCCUAAGUGUACUAUCAAAGUGUACACAAAAGUAUUAUGUGCAGAUAUGGAGUACAAAACAUUGUGCAUCUCUCAACAAACUACGAGUAAGGAAGUGGUUCGGAUGCUGCUAUCAAAGUUCAAAAUGAAGCAUCGAGAUCCUAAUCUCUUCUAUCUCACCAUGGAAGUUUGGAUGCGGAAAACAGGCAUUCCGAUACGAUCUGUAGUAGUUUUGGAAGAUGAUGCUCACCCUGCUGAACUCCAGGCGUGCCAUCCAAGAGGAGAAUCUAAAUUUUCUAUGAAAAUGAGAAGAGGUGGUCUUGUGAAGGUGUUCGGCGGUAGUUGUUUGAUGGCUGGGUCUUUGUAUAAAAGCCUGCUCGUUUCGGACCGGACGUGUGUAGCAGAGCUUAUACAAUUAGUACUCCAUUGCUAUAAUUCAACUGAACAUCAGGAAAAAUUCUCAAUUUAUGAAAUUUCUUGCACCAAAGAUUAUGAAAGGAGGCUGCACUUGAAUGAAUAUCCUCUUCAGAUUCAACAAGAGUGGCCCAGUAAUGAACAUUUUGCUUUCCAACUCAGGCGAAACAUUGAGGGUAUCCCAAGACGGCUUCCUUGGUUGCAAAGUCAUGAACCAUCUGGUAAAGCCAACUUGCAGUGGCUGUAUGGGAGGAGCAGUCUGGGCCUCCAUUCUUUAACAGAAUCUGAUGAUGCUUUCAACACAUAUGAGAAUUGUUUCUACAUAUGAAAUAACUAGUCUACUUUAAAUAUUUGAGAAAAUGGCCCUGAGGCAGCUAAACAUUGUGCUACAUUAAAGCUUAUUGUUCUGCUUUACUUUGUUGGAGAACUAUUUUUAUGCAAAUUGUUUUACAUGAUCAAAAGUCCAUAGAUGCUACCAGUUCCAGAUCAGAAUGUGGCAAAUAUAUUAAUAAAAAAAUUAAAACACCAAUGGUACUUUUUUAAAAUUAAGUUUAUGAUUAGCACAGGGUCUUGAGUCUUUUUGUAGUCAUAUUGCUUUUACAAUAAUAUGCUUUUGUAAUUUAUUGCUGAUGAUUAAUUUAAGUACAACAUUAAUUAUAGUAGUACAACAUUAAUUAUAGUGUUGCAAUCUAAAUUUCUUAUGCAUUUUUUAUUUUAAAACAGUUUGCUUUUUAUUAGAUUUAUUGUCUUCAAAAUUAUAUUAUGAGCCUCAAUACUUUUGUGACCUAGUCAUAUUAUAUUAUUCUCAAUUUUUCUCUUAUUUUUAAAUAUAUACAGCAUUUAAGCGAAAAGAAAUCUAUUUUGUUUGCUGUUUUCUAAUGUGACUUUAUAUGUGUAGUUUUUUAACGGUAUAAUAUUCCAAAGUAAUAUGUUCUUAAUAUUAGGGAGGAGAAAAAUUCAAGACCCUGUUGGUUUUGUUUGUUUAUUUGGUUUAUCUUUAUGUUUAAAUUUAAGUUUUUCUUUACUAUCAUUACGAUUUGAAAUUGAACUUCAUUCAUUAGCUUAAAUUAUAAUUAUUUUAUUUGCAAUAUAUAAAAACAAAAAGUGACUGAAAUUGUUUUGAGAUUAAUGAUCUUGAAACACAACAAUCAUUCAUAUCAAGGAAAGUAUGUAAGAGAAUUUGCAUGCUUUUUUAAAUACCUAUAUCAAAAUGCCACAAAUAUUUAUGUAAUAAAUAGUUUUUGUAAACAGGUAGAUUUGAUAAAGCUCUUAUUAUUUCUAGAUUUUGUUGUAGAAUUUAAAAUUUUUUUAAGGAUAUAUUGUUAUCCCAGAAUGGAAAAAACUGCUUUUGAAAUGAUGGCAAUGUGUCUGAUCUGUAAAUUUGAUAAGUUUUGUUGCCCUAGUGUGAUAAAAAGCCAAAGUCAACAUUUUUAUAAAGAGCUCAAAAUAUAUGUAUGUAUUUGUACCUUCAGUGUAAGUUGUAUCUUACUCUGUAAUGAGCAGUUGUGAUUUUGUGGUACAAAGCUAUUUUAUAUCUCUGACUUUUUUUUUUAUCACAGCUUACCCAGCCAUAACUUGGCGCUUAUUUGGAGAACAAUUGUAUUAAAUUUGCUUGAAUAUUAUUAAUUAGGCAUUAUUUAAUAAUUAGAAGUUUUUCAAAAUUUUUAAUGCUUUCAUUCAUUAAAAAUAUUUUUGUAAAAACUCUUUAUAUUAUAAUUUCAAAGAAAAAAGAAGGUUGAAGGCAUAUUUUAGAUUUUUCUGAAAAAUCCAUUUUAAGCAUAAAUAUUAAUAAAAAUUAAUUAUUUUUGUUAACGGUGUAUUUAGAAUAGAGCUGUAAAAGUGUUUUAAUAUUUAAAAAACUUUGCUAUUGCUCUCAUUUUUCUUGAAAAGUAACAAGUUUAUGACAUGUUAUUUCCUGUGGAAAUUUUUUAUGCUCAGAAAUUUUUCUUGUGUAUGUAUAUAUAUAUCUGUACGAUACUCAUCAAACCAAAGUUUUGUGUAUUGUUUUCGUGAUAUUCUUAGAAUGAAGUACUGUGUAUGUAUAUAUAUAUAUAUUUAUAUAUAUACACACACACAGACAUAUAUAUAUAUGAACAUAAAUCAGUCAUAAGGCAAUUCUGAAUAAUUAUUCAUCCAUGUGGGACUCUAAUUUGUUUGUUUCGUGUGAAUAAUUAAAUUGAUUAUAGCACUUGUAUGUAAAUGACACUGAUCUCCAUUAUGAUGCAAUUUUUUUAUGUGCAACAAAAACUUUGUUGUUGCAUUUUGUAUAUAUUUUGUAUAGCCAGUUGAAAAUGUUGAAGUACGUAAAGUAAAUAUGUGCACAUUUAUCUGUUCAAAGAUUUCAUUGCAUAUUGCAUUAGAAAGCAAAAUUAAUUAAUUUCAUUAAUUUAUUACUGUAUUUAUAUUAUAAAUGAUAGCAAAAAAUUCUGAAUACGUUGAGUAUAAGAAAUUGUACAUGUUAUAAAUAAUAUGAAAGAGUGUAGCUAAACUAGUCUGCGAUCAUGAGACAUAUUAUGCAUUCAUAAUUUUGCCUGCUUCAUAAGUUUCAUGAGAAAAUGGAAGUUUAUUUUAAGCUUGCAUAAGUGCAACUCCAGAUGUUAUUUUCAGCAGCUGCGUAAUCCACUAAAUGUUCCAUGCACUACAUGUGUGUUUACCACCCUUUCUAUAGAUAGUUUGGACACUGCUUUAGUAAAUAUUUAAUUGUACUACUAAAUUAAAAUUUUUAUUACAUUAGAUAUAGACUUGCUAAUAUUCUUUACAUUCCGUUUAAGCUCUGCACUGUAAAUAUUUUAUAUAGGUUACACGAGUAUAAUUUCUAAUUAUUCUUUCCUUUUAUUACUUCUAAAUUUUACUUUGAUAACUUAACUUAUUGCUGUAAAUUAAAAAAGUUAUAACAUUUUUAUUUCCUGUACCUGUCAUUCCAAUCUAUAAUUAUCAUAAGGAAAAAGAAUUAAAACUUAUAUUGGGACUAAAUGCUAAAAGUAUUUCUUUUAAUUUAUUGCAGAUCCCCCUUCCCCCCCUCAAAAAAAAUUCCUACGAGUUUUGAGUGUUCGAGUGAAAUAGUAAUUUCAGAUUUGGUGCUGAGGAACUGUAUGUGGUAUUUUUGGCAUCAAAAUUGGAAAUGUUGUCCUUGUAUAUAUAAAUAUCAAGGUAUUUACAUUUCUUUACUCAGUAUAAGCUGCAUGCUGGUAUGAAAUUUUUUUUAUAAAACUUAAACGACUUUGCUAUGACUAUUGGGAAACAAUACUGGCAUCUUCCCACUUUGUGAAUUUCUCCAGUUUUUGGUUAACUAAAAAAAUGGUUUACACAUUCUUGAAAAAUAAAUGAGAAGUGAAAAUAUCAUUCAUCAUUUUCUUUAUGCAGUGGUUGCAGCUAAACUUAAUUUCAUAAAAUUACAGCGAAGUGUAAGUCUUGCAAAAUAUUUUAAUUGCCCAUAAAAAACUAUGUGGUAAAAAUGUCAGCCGUCUUAACAGCUAAGUG